GCUCCAAAGAAUUAAAGGAUAAUUGUGUGUCAGGCUGCUGCCAUUCCUUUAACUUGAGCGAUAUGGGAUACGAUCUGACUAUAAAAAGCGGUCAGUAGGCUAUAAGCGAAAGUUAGAGAAACGUCAGGCGACAUCUACCCAUCAGCACUUUAAUAUUGUUACCAUUAUAAUCUACCAUUUCCGGUUUUCUUCCUUGCAAUAAAAUGGGACUAACGACAGGCCUCCUCGUUUUUGUGACAGGCUGUGCACUUGUCACACUUGCCACUGCAUCUUCUUCUCCCGAUACGAUGGAAGUUCAAUACUUCAACGUUAGCGUGUACAAUUUGCCCAACCGAGACACUAUGCCCGGCGACUUGAGCGACCCCUACGUGAUUAUUCGGAACGGCGCAGGCGUCCGAGUGUACGAGUCAGGGUAUUACGAGAACAGGGUAAAUGCCACGUUUUAUGGGGUCAAUUUUAACGUGGUGCCCAAUGAGAGGUAUGAAAUUGAUUUUCGUGAUCACGAUGACAUUUCCGGGGACGAGGCUUGUGGUAGUGUGUACGUACAGGGGGACAACUUGGUGGGAGAUAUCCACAGAUUGAGUAACCCCACUGGGGGAUUGGUCGUCUUUAGGUGGAGAUCUGUUACAGAUCCGCCAACCACCACGACGGAAAUGACAACAACAACAACGCCAACCACUACCACGCCAACUACGACCACGCCAACUACGACUACAACUAGUUGUCCGUGCUGCACUAGAGAAUACAUCAUGUCUCAGUGUGCCUCCUUUUAAGGGAACGAUGAUAUAUUUAAAAGGGCCCAAAGCAGUCCUACAAAUAAUGGUGAACUACACAUAAAAUUUAUUAUAAUUACAGUAAUAAUGAAUGGAAUAAAAAACACUGUAAUGCAAAGAUUUGUAAA